AUGUCUGAACGAAAAGUUCUCACCAAAUACUACCCCCCUGACUUCGAUCCAAGCCAGAUCAAGAGGGUUAAGGGGCCUAAAAAUGCCGGCCCAAAGGUUCAGACUGUCCGCCUGGCAGCACCAUUGUUCAACGCGCGAAAAGAGACGCCCCUAGACGAGAAAUAUCUAGGCAUUCAGAUUUUCAGCGGACAAAUCACAUUCAAGACAGAUCCCAAGAACCAAGACUACGCCUGCGAGAGUGGAGCAAAACGGAGCACAGAGCCAUGGCGAGUAGGAGUGGAUGAGACGGACGAAGAGCGGCUAGACAGGUUAGAGAAGGAGGAAGAGGAGCGGAACGCCAUGGUAGAGCUUGAGGCCAAGACCGUAGACGCGAAGCGUGAGAUGGCGGUCGCGGACGCCCUAGACGAGAUACGCACGAGAAAUGCCCGAUUAGAACGUGCGAAUCAGGAUGGCGUAGAAGUGGGCGUUGCGCUACCCAUCGAUAAUGAAGCGGAGCGGCAGGAGAAAGAAGACGCAGAGGCGGCAAGAAGGGCUUUUGAGUUCGCGAGACAGGUCGACCGCAUGACCGAAGACGUUAUAGACGAGGAAAUGGAUGACGUGGCGUCCGCUUCGACGUCGGUGCUCACGCCCGGAAGUAGCGGUAACGGUAACAGUACCCUCCAAGCCCAACCAGCAACAGCGUCAUCAUCGUCGGCGGCAAAUGUGCCAUCUAAGGACAUGCCGCCCCCAUCAUUCAAGCGGGUAGUAAAGAAGAAAAAGGAUCACGCGGCAGCGCUCGGUAUCAAGAAGAAGACCCCUCUCGUAUAA